UCAGACAACCCCUAGGUUAUAUCGAUGUUCUCUCUCACUCUCACAUAUUUCCUCUCUUCCGCCUCUAUUUACAGUUCAGUCCAGUGAAGACCAAGCUUCCGCCUCUCGUCUUCACUCUUCAUUAUUUAGUAAUUCAGUCCUCUCGAAGUCUCAAGUCAGUGAACUCCAAAGUCCAGUGAAGUAGAAAACUCCUCUCGAAGUCUCAACUCUCAAGUCUCCACAGUUCGAUUUCCAAUCAAGAGCAAACGACGCAAAACCCUAAUUGACAAUGGAAAACGAGGCAGAGACACAUAAUGAACUUCAAAUUGUUGAAAAAGUUGGUGAAAGUAAUGCUUCAACUGAUUCCACAACCAACAAUAGUGAAUUUGAAUCUGGUUCGAAGAAACGAAAAAUGGUUAAAGAAAGAUCAAUUGCUUGGCGCUACUUCAACAAGUUCACUGAUGCCGAGGGUGUGAAAAAAGCGAAAUGCAAGUAUUGUUCAGAAGAAUAUGUAGCUGAUACCAAGCAUAGCGGCAUAAACAAUUUGUUAUUGCAUAUGCCCAAAUGUCCGACCAAUCCCUACAAGGAAGAAGGUAGCCAGACAAUAUUAGGUUUUCAACCGAAAGAUCUAACAGUCCUACUGAGAAACUGAGAUUGAGAGCUAUAUUUGGCCUGGUUGCUGGUUUGUGUUGAUUGUUGCGGCUUCCCAAAAGUUGGAACUUGGAACUCUUUUAUAUUGUGUAAUCUGUUAAAGAACUGUUGGGGACUUUAGUUUGUUUUGUUUUAUUUUGCUAUGACAGUAUGGUUUGAAAGACAAUUGAUUGUGUUUUGUUUAGGGUCUUCAUUUUGGUUUGGUUUGAAACUUUGAAAGAUAAUUGUUGCAUUAUGUAAUAUUUCAGAUUGUGGUUUUGUUUGGAGAUGAAUGGUGUUUACUGUCUAGUUGUGUGGGGAACUAGAGAUGA